UUCAUUAUUAGUUAAAUUGUUAUGACGGGUUUUGCCUGCUUAAGGCCGUAUUGUUGCAAAGAGAAGCAUUACCAAAUAUGGCAUUGUGAAUCUAUUUCCGUUCAGAAACCUACUGCAUCUCGGGUGGUUUAGCCGCCUAACCCUGAUUACUCAAUAUUUAUCGACACAGUAUAACUUUGCAAGUGUUCCGCGGGAUUAAUGCUCAGAAUAGGAUCUCUGUAGUAAAAAUACGGCCUUAAGAUGUCUUUCCGUGUGGUGCGUACCAGCAAAUUUCGCCAUGUCUAUGGCACGGCUCUCAAACGAGAGCAUUGUUAUGACAAUAUCAGAGUAUCAAAGUCUUCCUGGGACUCAACCUUCUGUGCUGUGAAUCCAAAGUUUCUGGCCAUUAUUGUUGAAUCAGCUGGCGGUGGCGCAUUUAUUGUCCUCCCUCACAACAAGGUUGGGCGGAUACCAGCAGAUUAUCCCCUAGUUGGAGGGCACAAGGGUCCAGUAUUAGACAUUGCAUGGUGUCCUCACAAUGAUAAUGUGAUUGCAAGUGGCUCUGAAGAUUGUGUAGUUAAAGUUUGGCAGAUUCCAGACGGAGGAAUUUCAAGAACCUUGACAGAACCAGUUGUUGAUCUUCUUUACCACCAGAGAAGAGUAGGCCUUGUUCUGUGGCACCCAACUGCACAGAAUGUUUUGCUCACUGCAGGUUCUGACAACCAAGUUGUCAUCUGGAAUGUUGGAACAGGGGAAAUGCUUGUACAUAUUGAUUGCCAUCCAGAUAUUGUAUAUAGUGCUUGUUGGAAUUGGGAUGGUACACAGCUUCUAACAACAUGCAAAGACAAAAAAAUGCGUAUCAUUGAUCCUCGCACCGGGGAAGUGGACGAGGAGGCAAUGUGCCAUGAAGGAACCAAAGCUUCACGAGCCCUCUAUCUGAAAAGUGGACUUGUAUUUACUACUGGUUUCAGUCGAGUCAGUGAACGACAGUAUUCUUUGAGAGCUCCAGGUCAUUUAGAAGAACCUAUUGUCAUGGUUGAAUUGGAUACUAGCAAUGGUGUAAUGUUUCCCCUGUAUGAUCCAGAUACAAAUCUGGUUUACCUAUGUGGCAAGGGAGACAGUGUUAUAAGAUAUUUUGAGAUAACAUCUGAACCCCCAUUUGUACACUACAUUAAUACCUUCCCAACUCCUGAUGCUCAAAGAGGCAUUGGAAUGAUGCCAAAGAGAGGUUGUGAUGUAACCUCAUGUGAAAUUUCGCGAUUUUAUCGCAUUAACAAUUCUGGUUUCUGUCAGGUUAUCAGUAUGACAGUUCCAAGAAAGUCGGAGCUGUUCCAAGAAGACUUGUACCCUGAUACAGCUGGGGACACAUCAGCUCUUAGUGCUGAAGAAUGGAUGGAAGGCAAAAAUGCAGAACCCAUUUUGGUCUCCUUACGCGAUGGGUACACAAGCACAAAGAAGAGUGACCUCAAAGUUGCAGUUUCCGGAGGGAAACGUAAUGUUCUUGACAAACUAUCAAAACACAGUUCAAGUACCACUAAUCAUAGGUCAGUGGAUGAGUCAGAUACAUCCUUGGCACCUGUUGCACCUCCUCCAGUAGCUUUAUCUGAUGAUACAAUUAAAGAAUUUAGGGAGGAGAUCCGCAAGCUAAAAGCAAUGAUUGUUAAACAUGAGAACCGCAUUCGGGCACUAGAAGCUAAGCAAGUAACAGCUGAUGGAGGGGCAGCAGUAGAUGCAACACCUACUGUACCAACGCCAACCCCAGUUGCAGCACCUGUUACUGUACCAUCAAACAAUUCUGGCCCUGAAGAGUUAGCUCCUGAUGAAGUUUGAAAACUUUCAUUUCUGGACAACAUUAUUAUGACUUACAUGAACAAAUGUUCAGUUCUUCUUUUUUUUUUCUUUUAAUGUGACUUUUUUUUUUUUGAGAGAGAGAGCUUUUAGUCUUGUAUAAGGCUUAUUGUUUUGGAGCAAUGCUUUUAUAUUUUAUGAUUUAAAGGGUGCUGACAACUUAUCCAUUUCAUGCUGGAUAUGUACUUGUAUCUAAUUUGCUAAGCUCAAUUAGCAUUGAUAAACUUACUUAUCUCUCAUUGUGACCUCUAUGGGCAAUUGUGUUUGUUUGCCCAAAUUACUUAUCAGUUUCACAGGUUGUUUUUGUUCUUUCUUUGUCUCUGUUCUAAUCAAUGUUCAGACCAGUAAUUUUUUCACAUUAUAUUGUAGUGAUGAACUGUUAAAGCUUUCAGACCUUGCAAGAAAAGAAUAGAUUGAAAUUCAACCUUUGUACCUGUUUACUCCGUCAUUUAAAGCAAGAGCCUGUAUUUUAUUAGCACAAUAACGCUUUUUCUCUUCAGAGUACAUUUUGUGUGCGUUGGGUAUACCAUAGCUUCAAGCCAAAAAGCUAUAUUUAGUUUCUUGCUCCUCUGACAUAUGUAAUGUUAGCCACAUCUAGUAUUCAUAAUAUAUUUUUGUUAAGACAUUUUUAUCUCAUUUUCCUUUGCAUGUGUAUGACUUAGAGUUAUGUGCACAUGUUACUGUGUUCCUAUUUCAGGGCUCACAUCUGUUGUUUGUAAUUGUUUUUGUGUACAUAUCAAUCUAAGGAAGUAAGCGUUGAAGUGUGCUCAUAUGCAUGCUUGCGACGCUGUUGAUCCUAGUCUGUGGAGGAGUGAUAGAUCUAGCAGGAGCAAGAGCUGCCACAGCUUUUAAGUAGUCUAAAGAAAGCUAAUUUUUCACUUUACUAGAAAAUUACCUUUGUUUUCUUUUCUGAAACUGAUCUGCAGUAAGCGAACAUUUUCUUAAGUGUUUCAUGCAAGUUUAGCUGUGCAAAUUUUUGAGGAACACACUUAAGGUCUUUGUUUCUGUGUAACAAUUUUGUGUGUUCUUUGUAGAUAGUUUUAUACUAAUCAUUGGGAGAAACUAUCUCAUCUUUGUUAGGAAGAGAACUAGAUAUUUUCCUUUUCUUUUGUUGGACUGCUAUUGCAUUUUCAAGUGAUAUUUUAGAUAUGACCAUUGUCGGCAUUGACAUUUUUAUUUCAGCUUGGAAUUUCCAAUUGUUUUGGGAAAAGAGUAUUCAAUUUUUUAUUUUCCUGGCCAAAAUAUCUUAGUUUUAUGAACUGAAAGGAGUCAUACUUUUUCUCAGUAAGAUAAGUAUUUUAUUUAAAGACCUGCUUUCUGGGCUCUUGAGCUCCGUGUAAUGUGUCCAUAUGAUGCAGAAGUUCUGUUCUUCUUAUUAAAUCAGUAUUUCAAUCAUUUCAAAUGUCAUCAAUUUAACCUGGCUCUCGUUUAGUAUUCUUAAUUUGAAACAGCAUUAUGUCAUUCGCAGAUGUUAUCUUUUUUCAUUCAUAAUUAUUUUUGCGUGUGUGUGUGUUCAAAGAAGAAAAAAAAGAGAUAACUGGUGUUAGUUCUCUGUCAAACAGGUGCUGAUUCCCCUUGUGUUAACUGAUAACUAACUGUAUCUGGAAGAUUUUGUCUUGCCAAUUUGAAACUGACACAUUUGUCUGAGUAUUUUGUUUCAUAUCUUGUAGAGAAACUUCAGAAUGAAAUAUCAUUUGGUGUAGUAUUAACUUAGUCGCAUUUAUCAGAACUGCCAUGGCCAGGACUUUAAUUUUAAGGCUCACUGCACUUUUGUGGUCUCCCUUUAUCGCACCCACCGCUCAAACUGUGAAAAGAAUAGUGAGUGUAUUGUUGCAUGCUUUAUCCUCUAUUAUUGUUGAAUGCUUCAGGGUAUUAUCCUGAAACUAAUUUCUUUAUGAAUCUUUUGUGCCUUCUCAGCAUUAUUCUGACUUAGGUAAGAGUAUUUUAACUGAAAGUGUCUAGCACUUUAAUAUGAUUUUAAAAGAGUGAAUCCACUCUCUUUCUCUUCUCCCAACUGAAAAAAUUCUCAAAACUAAAAUGAAAUGCUCAAGCAUAAUUUUCAGGCUGGCAAAUACAAUUUCAAGCUUUUACACGUGUGGUUUAACAAUACUAUGUAUGAUUGACAGUAGAAUUUUGUUUGAUAUUAUAUUUAGACUAACUUCAUGUGAUGUAGCAUUUGUUGUUUUAUGUUCUCAUUUUCAAUUCUUUCUUUUAAAUUUCAUGUAGUUACAAUAUCGGAUAUAAGGCCCAGUUAAAACCGAGUGAAUAACAUUUGUCUAAAAUUGUUUUUUUUUUUUUCCUUUUUUUUAAGGGGGGGGGGGAGUAGAUAUUCUUUUGGUGCUUGUUGGUCUUGUGCAUAUUGUGGUUGCGGUCCAUUAUGUUUGGCCAUUCUUGUGUUCUUACAAAUAACUCUCUUCACCUUUUAUCAGACUACAAGCAGUUUAAAAUGUAUCUUUUGACAAUCAGUUGAAUAAGUAGAGGAAGUGAAACUCAGUUUUAAUUAAGGUCCAAAGUUCAGACAACUUCUUGGUUUUCCUGCUAAUUAUUUUAAAUGUAAAUAUCUUGGAUGAUACCCUGUGCAAACCACUAUGUAUAUCAGCAGUAUGUGAUAACGACAAGGCAGUCCAGAUUUUGACUGAAAACCUCCAAGCUACUCUUUUGUAAUUUUGACAACUUUUCUUUUCAACCUUGGUUACUUACAUUUUAUGAAGCAAGGGUAGUACCUCUACAUAUGUAUGCUUUUGCCUAGUGGUUAGUGAGGUGCUGAUAUUAAAAUCUUCAAAGGUAUGUGAUUUUAUGCAUCUGUGAUUUCCUGAGGUGAAAACCGUUUUGUUUUCAGAUCAGAAUUGUAUCAGUAGGAACUUGUAUUCGGAUCUUUCUGUAUGUGAAAGAUGAUUCUUUGUUGAGGAAUUUGAAGAGCUUUCAUUACCUGUUGAAGAUAAUUGCUUCCUUUCUUUAAUAAAAAAGAAAAGACUUUGAACUACGUUUGUUGUUGGUUGAUAUGUGUUUAUCAACAUUGCUCAGAAGCCACAUCAUGUAACAUUUUUUUAUGUACGUAAUGUAUAUACAUAAUGUGAUUGGACACUUGUUAAAUAACCCUGACGCUAGACCAAAAUUUAGGGAUUGGUGAUAUAAAUGCAUUGGCCUAUGAGGUUUGUUGAUGGUAGUAUUUUCUUAUUUAUCGGUCAAAAAGUACAGAGAUGUAAAAGAAAUAUUUGCUUCAUGACUUCUCUGAAUUUUUUGAAUACAUAAUCGAUUUUAUGCUUUAUACAGCUGAUCUGUGCAUUUACAUGCAAAGGGGCAGACUUCAGACCUAUGCUUCAGACAGCUUAUAUGGCUUGAAGAAUUGAUAAGCAAAACCUUGUCUUGGACUAAUUUUUAGAAGGACAUUGUAGGGUCGGAGUUCAUGCCAGUCAGACUUUAUUUUACUGUAACUAGACUGUUGUGGAGAUUUCAGGCACUGUUACGAAGCUGUCGUGGAAAACCCAACACAGAAGAUAAAACAAAUGAAAAAUGGAGGAAACAAUCACAAUUAAAUUUUUUCCCUUUCUAGGGCUGCUUUCAUGGCAAAGGGAAGUUCCUUCUUUGUAAUCAUCUCUGUAUGUAUCUUAAUAUCACAAAUUAUCAGACAUAGGCAAAGCUUUAUGCCAAUGAAAUUGUUCAUCCAUUUUUUUCCCCAUUUUAAAACUUUAAAUCACUUCUAAUCUGUAUUUUACUUGUGUUUUUGAAGUGUAUUUCAGCUUGUAGAGUGAAUUUUCUGACCAUGUAACAAAGCCAAAUGCUGUAAUAUAAACUGCUUAUGUCCACUUAUAGUAACAAGUCAUUUUUGAUAUCUUUUGUACAAAAUGUAAAGAUUAACAUUUCUAUUUCCCAUGGUUAAUUGUAUAAUGUAUGUUAUUACUUGAGUUUUGUUUUGUUCUUGUUUACCAAACACAUCAACCUGAACCAUCUGGUCAACAUUAGUGAGUGGUGGUGCAUUAUUGCUCUUGGAGAAAACGUUAGAAUCUCUCAAAAAUAGUUUUAACAGACUAACUAUAGUGAGCACUUCAGUUGACUCAUUCUAUCUGCUUCAUAAUUCUUGGUCAGAACACAUAAAUUGCCUAUUUUAAUGCAAAAGGGGGCUAUGUGUUCUAUUUAGCCCAGUUCUUCCAAGUGACUACUAAACUGACAAUAAAUUGCCUUAAAAGUGUACAGUAUUAUUUUUAAUAUCUUCAAAGUUGCUUUCAUGAAUCUUCCGUUUUGUUUUACUCCUAUUAAAAGCUUCUUUGUUCAA